AUGUCUAGUGAUGAUCCAGUAGCGUCUAGGGGCGAAGAAACGACUCUUGUCUUGUCAGGCAUUGGUACAGAAUUGUCGGAUAGAAUGCUUAUGAAUAUGUACCGCACAUAUGGUCCUAUCGUCCGUGUCCGACAUAAUGGAACCAAUUCGGCUCAAGUAAUCUUUGCACAGAAACCUCACGCUUUGAAGGCUAUGAAGGCCACCAAUGGUGCUGUAGUGUAUGGCAAGACGCUCAAAGUUUCUCUCCAGCGCCCAUUUAAAAAGACAACAGAGCCGUGUCGGGGUUUUGUAGCUGGAAUCUGCCGAAAAGGCGACAUGUGCAAAUAUUACCAUGUUACCGACGAUGCGGCUUUUGCUACGCAAGUUCCUCCUCUCUGUACCAAAGCACCGCGUGAGCCCAAGAUAAGAGCUCCAAAGUCUAUGGAACGAAUUGCUAUACCACCAGAGAUCCAAGCAAUUCCAGACAAGAAAGUUUGCCGUCAUUUUUCACGCGGCUACUGCUCGCAAGGUGAACAGUGUAAAUUUGCCCACGUGUUAGGCCUCCCCAAUCAGGCGGUACCUGCACCUACUGGGAAGGUUGCACAGCCUUGUUUAUUCUUUCAGAGCGGAGUGUGCGCUCGUGGUGAUGCGUGCAGGUAUGUGCACGAGCCGACAGCAGGUGCUGCUGCAUCGGCUCAAGCUAGUACACCCCAGGCUGUUGCUCAGAGUAGCAACAGCGACAAUGAGAGUGAUGUUGAAGCUGAACCUGAUGGCAGCCGCACAUGUGUCGAGUGUGAAAAGCCUGGCGAGGCCGUGUGGAAAUGUGCAAAGUGUGACAACUCACUUUACUGUGAUGACUGUAAUGCGACGGUACAUCGUGCCCGCGUGAUGGCGAAACACAAGCGCAUUAAACUUCCAUCAUUGCCGAAGCUGCCGCGCUGUGGCGAAUGUGAGUCAAAGACUGCUAAUGUGCGCUGCGAGCAGUGCGAAGUUCCAUUUUGUGCAUCGUGUGAUGCUAGUGUGCAUCAGUUUAAGAGUUUGCGAAAGCACGUUCGUGUGAAACUAUCUGCGAAUAUCAGUAAGACACAACCGAAUGCUAAGGAGGCUACACAAGAGCAUAUGGCAGCAAAGAAAAAGGAAAGUCACAUAGUGGAAUCUAUGCCACAGGUCAUUGACCCAGUGCUUUACGUCGAAAGCGUACCGCAGCUUGAGUUUUCUAGUGACUCGGCAUCUGAGUCAGAAGACGAAGAGGUGAUGAAAGAAGUCUUGCCUUUUCAGGGGUCCAAUGGCGAUGAGCCGAUGGCUGCUGCUUCAUCAAAAUCGGAGUCUGACGAGGACUUCGACGAUGUCAAGCCGCCACAUUUGUCUUCCGUAACGACCGCGUCUGUCGUCAAAGCACAGGCCUCUCAUUCAUCGGGCUCCGAAUCUGAAGACGAUGUUGAUGAUAUACCUGCUGCUAAGUCAUCUCUUGUAUCUACGUCAGUGCCGAAGAUGGAGUUGUCAUCCGAUUCUGACAGUUGUGACAGUGAAUCCUUUGAACCGACCCGAGACCUUUCUUCAACGUCCAAGGAAGCCUUGUCUUCCGAGUCGGAAGAUGAUUUCGAGGAUGCAGCCCCUUUGAAGUCUGCUGUACAGCCCACACCAGCUCGUAAGUCUGUUUUGGUGGCAAUAUCUUCUAAAUCCGAAAGCGGCGACAACAAUGAAGCUCCACCCAUUCACGCUGUGAAGCAACAAAAGGCAAAAAUGUCCCCCGGAUCUUCUAAUGGCUCUAAACAUGAAGCUCCGUCGAAGCCGGCGGCAAAGAAAAAGGCAUCAUCGUCCGAGUCGUCGGACUCGUCUAGCGUAGAAUCUUCAGACUCUUCCGAAGACGAAGCUCCUCAGCUUAAAUCUAUCACUCCCGCCCCUCUUCGUGCUCCCGUUCAAGUACGCAACAAGACGGCAGGUGGCAUCUCGGCUGGCAGCUCGCACACUUUGGUGAAGAAGAUUGAGGCUUAUAACAAGUCGAAUGAAGGUGGAGACUUGCAUCUGGAUGCUAACCUAAACGGGUUUGAGCGGCUGCUGGCACACGAUUGUGCUGAGCGUCUUGGUCUUGGGCACGAAAGCAUUGGCACGGGACUUGAUCGUCAUAUCAUUAUCUCUCGCCAUGGUACGAAACGUCCUGUUACAGAUUCUGGCAGAGGUCUUAAGUCCAAGAAGAGCAAGCGCCGCCGCCUUUGA